GUGCCCCCAAGUGGCCGAAAGAGACAGUGAGACCUGUAGAGGCAGAGGAAGGGGAGUCAGUGGUCCUGCCUUGCCACCCCCCGCCCAGUGCCGAGCCACUCCGGAUCUACUGGAUGAAUAGCAAGAUCUUGCACAUCAAGCAGGAUGAGCGGGUGACAAUGGGCCAGAACGGCAAUCUCUACUUUGCCAACGUCCUCACCUCGGACAACCACUCCGACUACAUCUGCCACGCCCACUUCCCUGGCACGCGGACCAUCAUCCAAAAGGAGCCCAUUGACCUCCGGGUCAAGGCCACCAACAGCAUGAUUGACAGGAAGCCCCGCCUGCUCUUCCCCAGCAACUCCAGCAGCCAUCUGGUAGCCUUGCAGGGGCAGCCAUUGGUCCUGGAGUGCAUCGCUGAGGGCUUCCCCACACCCACCAUCAAGUGGCUGCGCCCAAGUGGGCCCAUGCCAGCUGACCGAGUCACCUACCAGAACCACAACAAGACCCUGCAGCUGCUGGACGUGGUGGAGGAGGACGACGGCGAGUACCGCUGCCUGGCCGAGAACGCACUGGGCAGCGACCGGCACACCUACUACGUCACUGUGGAGGCUGCCCCCUACUGGCUACACAAGCCCCAGAGCCGUUUGUAUGGGCCAGGGGAGACUGCCCGCCUGGACUGCCAAGUGCAGGGGAGGCCCCAACCAGAGGUCACCUGGAGAAUCAACGGCAUUCCUGUGGACGAACUGGCCACGGACCAGAAGUACCGGAUCCAGCGUGGGGCCCUGAUCCUGAGCAACGUGCAGCCCAGCGACACGAUGGUGACGCAGUGUGAGGCCCGCAACCGCCAUGGGCUCCUGCUGGCCAAUGCCUACAUCUAUGUCGUUCAGCUUCCGGCCAAGAUCCUGACUUCAGACAACGAGACCUACAUGGCGGUCGAGGGCAGCACUGCCUAUCUUCUGUGCAAGGCCUUUGGAGCCCCCGUGCCCAGCGUCCAGUGGCUAGACAAGGAAGGGAAGACCGUGCUGCAGGAUGAGCGCUUCUUCCCCUACACCAAUGGGACCCUGGGCAUCCGGGACCUCCAGGCCAAUGACACUGGCCACUACUUCUGCCAGGCUGCCAAUGACCAGAACAAUGUGACCAUUGUGGCUAACCUGCAAGUCAAAGAUGCCACUCGGAUCACACAGGGGCCGCAGAGUGCAAUCGAGAAGAAAGGCUCAAAAGUGACUUUCACGUGCCAGGCCUCCUUUGACCCGUCCUUGCAGCACAGCAUCACCUGGAGAGGGGAGGGUCGAAACCUCCAGGAGUUUGGAGACAGUGACAAGUACUUCAUAGAGGACGGGCGCCUGGUCAUCCACGGUCUGGACUACAGUGACCAGGGCAACUACAGCUGCGUGGCUGGCACCGAGCUGGACAUGGUGGAGAGCAGGGCAGAGCUCCUGGUGGUGGGGAGCCCCGGGCCGGUGCCUCAGCUGGAGCUGUCUGAUCGUCACCUGCUGAAGCAGAGCCAUGUGCGCCUGUCUUGGAGACCCGCUGAGGACCAUAACGCCCCCAUCGAGAAGUAUGACAUCGAAUUUGAGGACAAGGAGAUGGCGCCUCAGGAAUGGUAUAGUCUGGGCAAGGUGCCUGGGAACCAGACCUCCACCACCCUCAAGCUGUCACCCUAUGUGCACUACACCUUUAGAGUUACUGCCAUCAACAAGUACGGCCCUGGAGAGCCCAGCCCAGCCUCCGAGACUGUGGUCACACCUGAGGCAGCCCCAGAGAAGAACCCUGUGGAUGUGAAGGGGGAAGGGAACGAGACCAGCAACAUGGUCAUCACUUGGAAGCCCCUUAGGUGGAUGGACUGGAAUGCCCCCCAGGUUCAGUACCGUGUCCAGUGGCGCCCUCAGGGGACGCGGGGUGCCUGGCAGGAACAGAUCGUGAGCGACCCCUUCCUGGUUGUGUCCAACACCUCCACCUUUGUGCCUUACGAGAUCAAAGUCCAGGCCGUCAACAGCCAGGGCAAGGGCCCUGAGCCCCAGAUUACCAUUGGCUACUCGGGGGAAGACUACCCCCAGGCAAGCCCUGAGUUGGAAGGCAUCAAGAUCCUUAACUCGAGUGCUGUGCUGGUCAGGUGGCGGCCUGUGGACCCAGCCCAGGUCAAGGGCCACCUCCGAGGAUACAAUGUGACAUACUGGUGGGAGGGCAGUCAGAGGAAGCACAGCAAGAGGCAUGUCCACAAAGGCCACGUGGUGGUGCCCGCCAACACCACCAGUGCCGUCCUGGGAGGCCUGCGGCCCUACAGCUCCUACCAUCUGGAGGUGCAGGCCUUUAACGGCCGAGGACUGGGGCCCGCCAGCGAGAUGACCUUUAGGACCCCGGAGGGAGUGCCCGGCCACCCGGAGGCGUUGCACCUGGAGUGCCAGUCGGACACCAGCCUGCUGUUGCACUGGCAGCCCCCGCUCAGCCACAACGGCGUGCUCACUGGCUACGUGCUCUCCUACCAGCCUCUGGAUGACGGGGACAAAGAGCAGCUGUCCUUUGACCUUCCGGACCCUGAGCUGCGGACGCACAACCUGACCAACCUCAGCCCUCAUCUGCGGUACCGCUUCCAGCUGCAGGCCACCACGAAGGAGGGCCCCGGAGAAGCCAUUGUGCGGGAGGGAGGCACCAUGGCCUUAUCCG